AUGCGCACCACCAUCACCAUCCCACUAACCCUACUCUCCCUCCUCACUCUCGUCACAGCCCAAUGCCGAAACCUCAUGCCCGUCGCUGCUCAAACGGUUUCCAGCUCGGAGCCGGAUCGGGUUUUCCCUAAUGUUGCGCCGGGGGAUGGACAGACGGGGACGGUGAUUAUUACCGAUAAUAGUGAUUUGUGUGAGUUUCUUUGUUCUUUGCUCUUUUAUCAGGAGUCGUAGGCAGGAUAGAACUGUGAUGGGAUGGUGGGAAGUUGAGGUUGAAGUUGAAGUUGAAGUUGUACUGAUUCGUUGUAGUCCAUAGUGAUAAUCAACCUGGUAUUGCUACUUUCCAUGGUAUGUCCUCCUCCCUUCCUCCUCUUCCCCUCUCUUUCCCUCCACCAUCAACUUCUUCUCCUUCCUCCCCAACGCCUUCCACAACACCCCCAUCACCUACAACACAGCCUACACCACCAACAAGAUCGCCAACCGCCACAACGCCGCUAUCAACGCGCUCCUCUGGGAUGGCUCUCUAGCACGUAAGCAGGUCCCGUGUCCGACGGCUCUCCCUGGGGUGGGGUUUGGAGAGGCGUAUUUUGGGAUGGAGUUGAAUAUUUUUGGGUUGGGCGGGGUGAUUCCGGGGAAGAAGCAUUGGAGUUUGAGUGAGACGGGAGGGGAGGGAGGGGUGUGGAAUGGGGUUUUUAUGCAGGUUGAUUGUUAG